AUGAACAACACUGCCUCUUCUACCUCGCGCCGAACAAACUGCAGACUUGUUGCUGUUGCUCGUAGUGAAUUGGCAAACGCAACUCGUGCACCUCUUGUCCAAGCCCAAAAACCAGUUGUUCCUGUAGCUCCUGUAGCUCUUGUAGCUCCCGUAGUCCCUGUAGCUUCUACCGAUCCCAAUAUCUCUCUCUCGUUAGAGCAAGUCCUUGCCGUGGUGGAGUCAACCAACCAAAAAAUUGAUGCGUUGACAGCCCUUGUCACUAAGAUGGGUGAAACUGUUACAAAUGUCAGUACGGCUGUAACUUUGUCGACCCAAAACGAUGCUUUCCUAAAGACCGCAAUUAAGGACAUCAUAGAUAGCCAAAGAGUCAUUAAUGACUAUGUGAAGAAACCAGACCUGAAAAGUACUGAUGAGGAAAUCGUUGCAGAAAACAACACAAGACCAGGGUGGAGUCUUACGACUGGCUUCAUGAGCACACACAAUCAGGCUCUUGCCAUUGCUCUGAUCUCAUACUUGAGGAAGCAGGAAGACUCCUUUGGAAUCCGCCCGAAUGAUCCUGAAAGAAUAAUGAAGAAUCACUAUAGAAACCAGAGCCGCUUGCUCAAACGCCGAGAACUUGCUUAUAAGCGGUACAAGCAAAAUAUUGACACUCUCAUGGGGAGAACUGACUGCAGCAAUGUAUUUCAGAUAAAGGUAUUGUCUGAUGACGAGUCAGAUGAUGGCCGUAAAGUACGAGCAUUCCGUCCUAGCUGGAGAAGUGAUGAGCUACAGACAUUCUUAGACACUGUUGAUCGGUUUGCAAAAGACGGAUUGGGGAAUCGAGCAAACAGCUUGUUGGAGCGUAACCGUGUAAUCAGGCCAAAGGAUCUUCCGUCAUCAUUUGACCCCCCGCUGCCCGACUGGGCUAUUAAAAAUUAA